GCCAGCCCCAUCACCUCGGAUGAGGAGUACCUGAGCCCCCUGGAAGAGUUCCCCGAGUCUGGCACCCCCCAGCACCAACCAACCAUGAAGCUGCAGCCUAGAGCUGAGCAUGGGGCUGCCCACAGCUCCCUGGAGAGCACCUUCAAAGCUGCACCCACCUUUGAGGUGUCCCUGUCAGACCAGUCGGUGCUGGAGGGGCAGGAUGUCAGCAUGAGCGUCCGUGUCCGUGGGGAGCCCAAGCCCAUCAUUUACUGGCUGAGGAACCAUUUUUUUGGCCGCCGGCACCACGCAGAGGAGGUGGAAGGGAUGCGGGGGCUCUUCACGCUGCACAUCCUGGCAGCAGAGCGCACCGACACCGGCUUCUACACCUGCAAGGCCGUCAAUGAGUAUGGCACCAAGCAGUGCGAGGCCAAGCUGGAGGUCAGAG